AUGACAUCGUUGUUCAAAAAGUUGACGCGCUCGCCGGCGCCCGUCAGAACACCGAAAGCGACGACACCGUCAUCGGAAAAAACGGCGCCAAAAGGCAAAGAGCCGAAAUUGAGCUAUGAUGAGCGAAUGAUGAAAAAAUACAAUUUGACGAAGCAACAAUUGAAACAAGCCAAAAAAGAGGCGCAUCAGCAAAAAGAGAAUUGGAUAAAAUAUAAGAAAGAGCAAGUUUUGGACAUUUUUGGCUCGAAAAACAAAUAUGUCUCGAAAUCGGCGAGCUCCGAUUUGAUGCAUCCAAGCAAAUAUCGAGCAGUGGCCACCGUCGUCGGCAAAGAUGGCAAAGAAAUUGCGGUGGAGUUUGGAAAACGGCUCGAAAUUCUUCUCGACACGUUUCGGCCGAACAACAAAUUUGCGGUCAUCCGAUCACAGGUGCACAUUGAAAAAUCGCUGGCGUCGAUGGCGAAUCGAUUCAAAGCUCGCCACAAAAUCAAAUUGAAUCUGAAUCAGAGUAAAGACAAGAAGCAGAAGUAUGAUCAGAUGAAGGGCAACGUUGAGCCGACGAGCACAACUGUUGGCCAAAUGAGCUCCGUGCAGAAUUCGAAUCGAUCGGAUACCGACGUGUCUGGAAAAGACGAUCCGGAAUUCAACACGACUGACACUGAGCAGAAAUUGUUCUUAAAAGAUUGGUAUAAUAAAUCAUCAUCGAGGAGCUUGGUAAAAGCUGGAGCUAACAAAAAAGGACUUGGCCAGACAUUUUGGAUGGCAGAUGAAGACGAAGAUAAUUCGCAAGCAACUGAUAUUGAAGACGAGGACGAAAAGAAAUAUUCUGUAACUUCCGACGUUCUUUUAGAUGUUCUUGAAAACAAACGCGAAGUGAAGCCUGUGAACUUCCCAGUCCCCAAGGAAGACGACGUCUAUAGAAAUCUUGAAUCGAUCGUGAGAGACAUGAAAAAAAGCUCUAAAAAGGAGGUUGUCUUCGCUAAUACAGUAAAAGGAACCAUUGAAUUCGAUGCGAAACAAAACACAUCGAAAUCUGCGCCGAAGGAGUCGACGGAUAAAAUUGAGUGGUAUUCGAAGACUGAAACGCAUGUGUUCCAGGGUCCCUAUAUGAAACGACCCAAUAAAGCGAAAACUGGUUAUACGAAGAAGGUUGAACCGCUCGAAGAUAUUGUUCGUGUUGAAGAAUAA